CAGUGAGGAACCCCCGUGAGCCAUGGAGCCCGCCUGUUUUCUCUCGCCUCAUCCGUUCAGCGACAAUGUUACGGCCUCGGAUCUGUACAAGCCUUCGCCGCCGACGAUCGCGGCGCCCAAAUCUGACCAUCUGGAGCAACCGAAAGCGGCCGAACCCACCCGGAUCAUCAGCGACCCAGUCACGGGCAGGUCGUACAGCAAGGGCCGUCUGCUUGGCAAGGGGGGAUUUGCAAGAUGCUAUGAAGUGACAGACCUCUCAAGCAACAAGACCUAUGCGGUGAAAGUCAUUCCUCACAGCAGAGUGGCGAAGCCACACCAACGGGAGAAGAUCAUCAAUGAAAUUGAGCUGCACAGAGACCUGCACCACAAACACAUUGUGAAGUUCUCGCAUCAUUUUGAAGAUUCAGAGAACAUCUACAUCUUCCUUGAGCACUGCAGCCGGAAAUCUUUGGCACACAUCUGGAAAUCCCGACACACCCUUCUGGAGCCAGAGGUUCGGUAUUAUCUCAAGCAAAUCAUCUCUGCCUUGAAAUACCUCCACCUUAAAGGCAUCCUGCACAGGGACCUCAAAUUAGGUAACUUCUUCAUCAAUGAAAACAUGGAGCUGAAGGUGGGAGAUUUUGGUUUGGCUGCCCGACAGGAGCCUGCAGACCAGAGGAAAAAAACUAUUUGUGGUACCCCCAACUACCUUGCCCCAGAGGUGCUUCUACGACAAGGACAUGGGCCAGAAUCAGAUGUGUGGUCUUUGGGCUGCGUCAUGUACACUUUACUAUGCGGAAAUCCCCCCUUUGAGACUUCUGAUCUCAAGGAGACCUACAAGUGUAUCAAGCAUGUCACAUAUACGCUCCCUGCAUUCCUUUCCAUCUCGGCCAAGAACCUGCUCGUGGGCAUCUUGAAACGCAGCCCCCAGGACCGCUUCACACUGGAGGAGAUCUUGGACCAUGAAUUCUUUACUAAAGGGUUCACGCCUGAUAAGCUCCCUCCCAGCAGCUGUGUGAUGGUGCCGGAACUAACUCCCCCCAACCCUGCCAAGAGCCUGUUUGUAAAAGUCACAAAGACGCUCUUUGGGAAAAGAAAGCCCAAAGUUAAGAAGGCUUCAUCUGAAGAGAGAGAUGACAUCUCCAAGCUGGUAACAGGACUUGUCAAGACUUCCAUCUGUAGGCAACUGAGCCAUAAAACUGUGGAAGGGAAUGAGGUCGCUCCCUUGAGUGGUCAGAGUCCCAGCUCUAGCCCAGUAGAGACGGUAGCAGAGGAGGGCUCACAGAAAUCUAUCUCCAGAUCCAUUCGUGGGACGUUGGCUAGUAGCUGUGAAGUAUUUGAAGACUGCGCCACAGCAUCAGCUGUCAUUGAAUCUGCCAUUGGGCUCCUGAGGAACUGUCUCUCUGCCAUGCCAACAGCUGAGAAGAAUCCUGCUUCUCUGGCCUGCCAUGAACAUUUUGUUUGGGUGAGCAAAUGGGUGGACUAUUCCAACAAGUAUGGCUUUGGCUACCAGCUCUCCAACCGUAGCAUUGGUGUCCUCUUCAACGAUGGAACCCACAUGACCCUCUCUGCCAACUGGAAGAAAGUACGUUACAACCUGACAAACAGUAAGCAUUUCUCCUUCCCGGCUUCAGCAGUCCCUGAACAGCUGCAGGGGCAGAUGGGAAUCCUGCAGUACUUUGCUUCGUACAUGGAACAGCAUCUCAUGAAGGGAGGAGACUUGCCCAGCAUAGAUGAGACUGGGGAGCCUCCACUGCUGCUCUUACAGUGGGUGAAGACUAACCAAGCCUUAUUGAUGCUCUUCAGCAAUGGAACCUUGCAAGUGAACUUCUAUAAUGAUCAUACCAAGGUGAUCUUUAGCAAACCUGAUCACUCCUGCCUCCUUACCUACAUCAACCGUGACAGGAAUUCCUACACCUACAAGCUCAGCAGUAUUGCAGAACUUGGCUGCUCACCAGAGCUUCAACGUCGUCUGAAGUACAUCCUCAAACUGCUGCAACAACGAGCAGAUGCUUAACACUAUAGGACAGACUUUUGGUCUCCUUGGAACUUUCUGUUCUUCCAAGAACCCUUGUGGUAAUAGAAGAGAUGGCAACUGUUGGCACCAGGAUUCUUCCUCUGUGGAUGCCUAAUCUUCUAGAAGGAAAAACUUCAAGACCAAAACUGCACACAUGUAGCUCUGAGCUGCUCUUCAGGACCUGUCAACUUCUGGAUGCCUACCACCAACUGCCUCUUGUAUCUUUCUUUUUUUCUUCAAAGGGAGGAUUUUUCACUUGCUUUGAUGUGACUGCUCCAGUCCACAAUGGAGAGGAGGUGUAGAGAUAGAUGCCUUAAGUUUUACUUCUGUGUGAUCAUUGCACAGUUGGUUGCGCACAUGGUGUUACUGGGAGAGGGAGGGAAGAGAGGAAUACUAUAUGGGGAACAAUAUAGGGUUAAGUAGGCAGUGGGGGGGGGGUGUGUGAGACGAUUUUAUUUUAAAAGAUGGUUUCUGGAGUUUUUGACCAGUGCCAAACAUCUUGGCAUCCCAGAGCCUAAUGGGUAAGAAGAGCUCUUCUUGAAUUCAAUCCAUGAAUACAAGAUUAAGGGGUCUUGGUUGUGAAUCGUUUCAGGCCCUGGCCACACUUCCGCUUUCUGCUCUUGGACUUAUUGUGCUGCUUGGAGUUGCAUCACUUGCCAGUCCUUACUUGGCUCUGACUCAUGGACCAAUCGAGAAAGCUGUGUAUUGGGAGUGGCUACCCUACCCAGGGGAAAAGGAAGUCCAAAGUCCUGUGCAACAGAGCAGCUGUAGCAUGGGUGACCACUCAGCCAAGGAGCCAGGUGAAUGACUUCCUUGCUUUAGCUGUAAUAUUGGUAGAAACCAAGAUGCUGGGGUGGGGGUGGGGAACUGUAGCUGGCUGUCUCCUGGAGUUGGUAGAAAAGGAUUGCUACAACUUUAAAUUUGGGAGAAAGAGUUGGGUUUCAGCAGAUAGCUGAAUCUUCAGCCUUUGAUCAGGGUCAAUUGAGAUUUCUAGUGCUGCUGCUAAGCACUUGGGGUAAUGGUACUGUUACACUAAUUAAGCAAAUAGGACUCCCUUUUUGCUGAAACUGUGAAUACCCUAUUUGCCUCAGUUUCUCAGCUGCUUUCACUCUAAGAUACAGCAGAGGGAUUCUCUAAAUUGCCAUGGUACAGACUUGAACAGCUUCAAUGCAAGCUGCCCACUUGGUGUUUUGAACUUGACAAACUGUUCAGCUGUGGAGCCUAAAUGGUGUGAACAUCCUAUGAUUUAUUUAUGUAUUUAUAUGAACUAUUUAUUUUGCACCCAUGUCCUGUUGAUCGUGUACACCAUGUCUCCUAAAAUCCAGCAGUUUGAUUAUAAUA